AUGCUACAACUUAAUAGUAGUGCUCAACUUGCCGUGCCGCAAUUUAGCCACACUUGCAUAACGGAAAAAAAGUUCCCCUUCAAGCCUGGCCAAAAGUCUGACCCCCUUGCUCUUUGGAUUGGAUAUUUUGGUAACAUUCCACGCUGGAAAAAGGGCCAGGUAGUCCAAUUUGCGGCCAAAGCAGGAGGUUAUCCAACUCCAAAACAUGCCAUAUUCGCCGCGUACAAGCUCAACAUGGCCGCCAGGGAGUGGAACAAUCUCGAUAUUGGAGUUACUUUCAAGUGGGUCACUGAUAUAGAGGACGCAUGUUUUGUACUCGCCUAUGGUGGCAACCAAGGAGGCACCUUGGCCAGUGCUUUCUUCCCUAACAACGACAACCUCAGCACGCUCUUCGUAUAUCAGCUGGCCUUUGACGAAAAGUUUAGCCCAUACCAACACAAUUUCUAUCUUCAUGAACUGGGCCAUGUCUUGGGGUUGCGCCAUGAAUUCGCUUUCGAAGAGGGCGGUGCUGUGCAAUUUGGACCAGCUAACUACGACUCUGUCAUGAACUACAACAGAGAACACCCACCUUACAUUCAGGAGUCGGAUAUUGUAAGCGCUAGGGCGUUUUAUAACCUCAAAAGUCCAUAUGAAAAGUUAAAUAUCAUCGACUGGUAUCCUGAUAACUAG